AUGAACGAGUUACCAGAUUUGUAUUUAGGAUACAAAAACAUCUACAAGAAAAUAGGGCACAAGCCCAAUGGUUUCAACCAGUACCAGCAGGAAUAUCUACCUGGACCAGAGAGGCUCCUGCAGCGUGGCCAAGUGGACCAUCGGACACUGUUAAAAGAGGCCAGUGUCCUGUUUGGUGUAUUCAUCAUCCAUAUAGAGCUGCUAUACAUCCAAGCAAUCCCCCAAGAGGAGAAGAACUCAGGUUUUAUCAACAUGGUUGGCUUCGGUCAUCCUGUAACAAUUGUGGUCCAUGUCGUCCGAGAAGGUGUACUAAUAAUUGUUUUAAAGGUCAUUGGGAACAUUGUCGACAGGCGGAAGAGCUGGGCCGAGGCCUGUGACCGCGCGGGCCCGGCGCCACCGGUUCUGAAGAGACCUCGGAGUGCGGCGUCGAGGGGUGAGGUGGAGCAAUGGCAGGAGACCUGCCUGAAGAUCGCAGAUCGCCUUCAUUUUGCAGUUCUCUGCCAAAAACCAAAGAGCAAAGCUGCAAAUACCCAUUAUUUCUGUAUAGAUGAUGAACUUGUAUAUGAGGAGUAAGUACAGACUUAUUAUGGUGACUUUGGACCACUCAAUCUGGCAAUGGUCUACAGAUACUCUUUAAAGAACAAUAGCAAAUUGCAGUCAUUUUCAUUGUUAAGGAAGAAAAUAAUUCAUUAUACUGGAUUUGAUCAGAAAAAACAAAUGAAUGCUGCAUUUCUCAUAGGCUCUUACGCAAUAAUAUACCUGAGUGAAUCCCCAGAAGAUGUGUACAGGCUUUUAUUGGCUGGAAAUGUUUCAUAUCUUUAUUUCAGGGAUGCUUCAUUUGGUACUUGUAGUUUUCAUCUGACGUUGCUGGACUGUUUUCAUGCAAUAAACAAGGCUUUGCAGUAUGCUUUCCUUGAUUUUGAUGCAUUUGACAAAAAUGAAUAUGCGUAUUAUGAGAGAGCAGAAAAUGGAGAUUUUAACUGGAUAAUACCAAACAAAUGCAUUGCCUUCAGUGGACCUCAUUCAAGAAGUAAAGUUGAAAAUGGCUGUCUGCACCAUGCUCCAGAGGCUUAUUUCCCAUACUUCAAGAAACAUAAGGUCACCACUAUAAUACGCCUCAACAAAAAACUGUAUGAUGCCAAACGAUUUACAGAUGCUGGAUUUGAGCAUUAUGACCUCUUCUUUGCUGAUGGAAGCAUUCCUAGUGAUACUAUAGUUAAAACAUUUCUAAAUAUUUGUGAAAGUGCUGAAGGUGUUAUAGCCAUUCAUUGCAAAGCUGGUCUUGGGCGAACUGGCACACUUAUAGCCUGUUACAUUAUGAAGCAUUAUCAGAUGACAGCUGCUGAAACUAUUGCCUGGAUUAGAAUAAACAGACCUGGUUCAGUGAUCAGACUACAACAACGCUUCCUGAUGGAGAAACAGAUAGAACUUUGGACAGAGGGAGAUAUUUUCCCUGUAAAGUUGAAGGGAAACCAUAACAUUGCUGUAACAAGAAUCCUGUCAAGAGUAGAUGAUAUUCCAAUUAAUCAUGCAAAAAACAGGAGAACCAUCCAAAAGGACAUUGCGCUGUACAGUGAUGAAGAUCUUACAAACUGUGUAACAUAAGGUGAUAAGCUUUGUGCUCUGAAAAGUAGAAGGCAGGCAAAAGCUACAACUGCAUCUCUGCUAAUGUAA